CCCUAACCCUAACCCCAGCAACGAUCGAGAUCCUCUCAUCGAUCGGAGGCCUAAGCGAAAGAGGAAUCUUCCGGGAACCCCAGAUCCGGAGGCGGAGGUGAUCGCGCUGUCGCCGGGGACGCUGCUGGCGGCGAGCAGCUUCGUCUGCGAGGUCUGCGGCAAGGAGUUCCGGCGGGAUCAGAACCUCCAGAUACACCGCCGCGGGCACAACCUGCCGUGGAACUUCGCGGCGAAGAAGGCGUCGUCAGACGAGGCGGCGGCGAGGGCGAGGCGGCGGGUGUACGUGUGCCCGGAGGCGAGCUGCGUGUACCACGACCCGUCCCGGGCGCUCGGGGACGUCACGGGGAUCAAGAAGCACUACAGCCGGAAGCACGGGGAGAAGAAGUGGGAGUGCGAGCGGUGCCCCAAGAAGUACGCCGUCCGGGCGGACUGGAAAGCGCACACCAAGAUCUGCGGCACCCGGGAGUACGAGUGCCACUGCGGCACCCUCUUCGCCAGGAAGGACAGCUUGUUGGCCCACCAAGCGGCGUGCGAGGCGACGGCGACGACGACGACAACGGCGGAGGAGAGGGAGGCGAGCACUGUGAAUGGGGAGCUGUUGUUUCCGAGCUUGUGGGGGCGAUCGACGGAGCGAGCGGGGAACAAAGGCGGCUGAUGCAGUUCCAUAGCUCGGAUGCAUACGCUCAAGGCAUUGGGUGCAGAACGCACCCCAUCUUGUAAUAGAUUUGAUGCAAAUGCAUGACGAGAUACAACUCGAACAAUCUGAUGCAUGAUAGAUACUCCAUCAUAGUAUAUUUUUAUUGGGUGAGUCAUGUUGAAUGACAAUGGGCAAUUAAAGAUUAUCCCUUA